AGUGGCACGGCGCGGUGCGAAGAGGCAGUCCGUGAUUGGCGGCCCGGCCGAGAGCGGCGCCACAGUCACUCACUCCUCGGCCGGCCCAAUGGCCGCCGCGCCCGUUUUCGGCACCGUCGCCACCGUCGCCGCCGUGCUCGGCCUCGUCCAGGGACUGAUUUGGAGUGCAGCGUCCAUUUUGGGGAUAGUGGCCAGCACGACGUGCAUCUUCAGCCUGGGAGAUGGAACCGCUUCAGCAGACGCCGCUUUUAUACUCUACGUUUCAGGCACCGUGUGCGGCGACACGAUACUUCAAGAUCAGUUCGGCAUGAUGUCCGGAACGUGGAUUCUAGCGUGGUCGUGUCUGUUCCUGUGCUUCAACUUCAUCUGGUUCUGUUGCUCGGUGUGGCUCCUUGUGGGUACGUCCGGUCUGAGGCAUCACAAGCCGAAACACAUUCUAUUGGAGCUGCUUGCCUGGAUCCUGGUCACCAUCUGCGUGUGCGUCCUGGAUCUAGCCGCCGUCAUCAGGUUCGGCAUAGACGUCGGCAUUUUGAAGAGAGCCGGAGGCGAGAACUUCUACCAGGUAGCGCCGGCCGUCCUGAUGACGGUGGCUGCGCGGGGCUAUGUGCUCUACUUGAUCAACGUGGCGCUGUGCGUCUCGCUGGCCGUCAUGGGCGCAGGCAUCUAUCAGGAAACCAAAGAGGACCAGAAGCAGCUCACUCAGCACACUUCUGUUGCAAGUUUGUUCCAACCAUCAUCUGCAGAUAAUAGUCUCAGUUCCCGGCAGGGAGCGACAGGCUACAUCCCCAGCGCGAGGCCCUGGAGCACGGCGAGUGACGACGACGGAGCGCCGUGGCGCCUGCCUCGCCCCGUGGUUCGACCGCAGCCCCAGCACCUGGUGCCGCGGGUGCCGGUCCUGCCGGCGCGGCCUCCCAGCCGCACGCCUGACCCCGACUACAGUCCCUUCCCCGUGCGGCGGCCGCCCAGCGAGCAGUCCUCAGGGAGGGAGCGCGCUCCGACCAGGUCCGCGCUCAAGAGGCCGCCCACCCGGCUGGGCCGCACAGUCCUGUGACCGGUCAGCAUUACCAUCCUCUGCCUAGGUCCACCCUGGACGAGGCGCCUAGUCCACCGUGCUGCAUGCCCAUCCUCUGCCUAGGUCCACCCUGGAUAAAGUUCCACACCACGUGAAUGGUCCUCAUCAUAUCAAUACAUUAUAUUCGCAAAUAUUCAUCCUCAAAAUCUUCCUUCUGUGUUUGAAGCAGCACUCUUUGGGAAUUGUUUUACAUUGCACUUUGCGACUUCUAAGUUCCUCUUUGGAUAACGUACUUAUGUAGAUGGGAUGUAACAAGAUGUAAUAACCCGAUCAAUUUAUGAGACUAUCCUUCCUCGGUUAUUCAUCCUAAACUGUAUUUACUGUGAUGUUUGACGCAGUAGCUGGAAGCAAUCCUCCUUAUUGCAUUUUGUAGUAUGCAUAAAUUUAUUCAAGUUAAUGUUCUUACCAGAUAAAAUCAAACAAUCUUUAAAUGGGCACCAUAACACAAUGGUUUCAUCGUCUGCCAAGCUUCGUCUUAAUAUGUGCCUUCCUCCAAAAUGUUAUAACAUGUUAGAAGCAAUUCUUUGUAUCGUACUGCGUAAUCUUUGCAUAGGUCCAUCAAUUAAAGAUUUUUUAGUUGAGAUUUUAGAUAUUUUUAUUACUCUUUUUCUAUUAGGGCUAUAUGUAUACUCAAUUAUUUGAUGGUGACAGAACGACAUGUAUUUCUUACCACAAUAUGGAACCAUCUAUAACACCAAGUUUUAUCUUACAGAGUCCUACCCAGCGUGAAACACCAGCCAGUGAUAGGACCUCCUUGAAAUAAUAUGUUUCAAAAUCCGUUGUACAUAGAUUAGGAGGUGACAGAAAUCCAUUUGACGAAUACAAGACACAUUAAAAUGUACGCACGAAACUUAACCGGUUAAACGCUAGAGGGCGCUGUCCAACAAGCUAUAUUAACGGUCAAUUCCGAGUAACCGUUGUCAUUUGUGUCAUGAAUCUUCAACAAGAUGUAUUUGUGCGCCAAUGAAGGUAAGGCCGACAUGCAUUUCAUGUACGGGCUGGAUGGCAAUGCGAGGGAAGCACAGUGAUAGUGCCGAGAGCGUUUUCCAACAAGACGCGCAUGAAGCCUGCGACACUGUUGACGGCCACAAAUUUUAGCAGAACUUGUGAUGUGGAAUUAAAUAUUUUCCUUUAAGUCAUCGGUAUCCUGUCAUUCGGUCUCUUUCUGACUUAUUUCUCAUCGUAUUAUUUCCCUGCACAUGUCCUCCUCUUGCGCUUUACCGGUUGAGUUCCGAUAGCUAUAUCUUACGGUGAUUUUUGCUUGUCUAGUUUUGUUCUAUUGCCCACGAACUUUGAAGUAACACACACCUAUUUAUACCCCUGGCAUCGCAACUCCCCUAAUUGUGUGUUAGUCAUAAAUGUCGUGGACUUCAGACCAUGUGAGAAAGUUUCAUCCAAACAGCGAAUGUUUGGCAGCAAUGCCGGAGACAGGGUCAAACGGAUAUAUUUGUUACACAAUAUAAAUUCUUUUCAACGAGAAAUUCAUAUUUUCAAAGUAAUUCUAUCUCCUGUGUUUUGAGAUUGUGAAAACUGGUGGUCGGUGUACUAUCCACUCCUUCCUGAGGAUUUUAAAAUAAACCUGUGUCGAUUAAAACUUAAACGUAUUUAAUUAUAAAUAUAGGUGCUUGCUGAUGUAAACUUAUGCUGCCUAUGGAAAACUUAAAACUUUUUUCUUAUACACAAAACAUAUAUUUUAUUUAUUAAUUUGUUUAAUGUAAGAAUAGUGGUAAUGUUUUUGGAGAAGUCCACUCAGACUAUCAUGCUUACCUACCAUGACUGAUUUUCAAUCAUAGAACAUGGUUUUAGCUUUUGUAAAAAUAAGAUAAUAAUUUACAUUUAAGUCAUAUUUACAAAUACUUUUGAAAUAUUAAUCUGUUAGUGUUAUUAAAUAUGAAUAUAUAUUGUAAUUAUUCUGUUCUGUAACAGUAAUCUCAUGUAAUCAGAUAAAUAAAAAGUAUUUUGACUUUUA